AUGGCAGAGGCAAAUAUCUCGGUAACGGAGAGCCAGUUCAGGUGCCCUAUUUGCCUGGAUAUCUUGAAGGAUCCGGUGUCCAUUCAGUGCGGACACACCUACUGCAUGGCAUGCAUCAACUGUUAUUGGGACCAAGCCGACGUUGGUCACUACAGUUGUCCGCAAUGUCGGGAAGAGUUCAGCCCUCGACCGGUGCUACGGCGGAACACGGUGCUACAAGAGGUAGUAGUGGACAAACUCAAACUGAACGAACUGGCUACGGCGCCGGAGUUCUAUCUAGGCGGCGUAGGGGACGUUCCGUGCGACUUUUGCCCGGUUGAGAACAAACUGAAAGCGCUCAAGUCGUGUCUGGUGUGCUUUGCGUCUUUCUGCGAGCUCCACGUCUUGCCGCAUCGCGACGUGGGGACGUUGCGGCGGCAUAAACUUGUUGCCGCGGUGGAGAGCUUGGCGGAAAGGCUGUGCGCGCAGCACCGUUUGGGCCUGGAGCAGGGCGGCGGCAGCGACGGGGGGCGAUGCGGUGGCGUGGAGCGGCGACUGUCUGCUGUGCGAGUCUGACCAAGAGGAACUGCACAGCAUCGACGCGCAGAGGGCGCGGAAACAGGUAGUAAUAAUAAUCAUAAUCAUAAUACAUGGGACUUAUAUAGCGCUUUUCAAGGACCUUCACAAUUUUGCAUAGCCUACUCAUCACUCAGGUGAUUUAAAACUGAUUAAAAACAAAGUUGUUUCCUGAAAACACUUGUUGAUCUUUCCACCUAGGAGUACAAACUGUUAGCCUGGUCCCAGACAUGUUGGUGCUCUUGCCAACUCCAUUUUGGCAUGGCAAUGAGCGACAAAGAGUUGGCACCCUAGUUUUAAUGUCUGUGGUUGGCACAAAACAUAUCUGGGACCUGCAGGCUAACAAACUGCCACUAUCCCUAACAACUGAAUAGAUGAUAAGUAGCCUAUGCAAAAUGGCUGAUAUGGCAGCCUAUGAAUUGUGGCAGAUGAUAUCCCUCUGCACCAGUUUGAUGCAGGUUGGUUACGUCACUGGAAAACACCCCACAGUACUCCCUCUGUUGUGGGCAGGCUAUACUAUCUGGGGUAUCGCUCCCAUACGAGGGGCCCAGGAGAGAAGGAGAGAAGUAGGCACUUGCUGUAGGUGUAUGUCACUAAUGGGGCUAUAGUGCUGUUAUGGCACUAAUGCUGCUCUAAUUAUAGAGACUGGAAUGCUGACCAAGAUUCAUUGUCCGCUAUAUACGUAUAUGCAAAACACACUGAGUGGGCAAACCAUUAGGAGCACCUGCUCUUUCCAUGACAUAGACUGACUAGGUGAAUCCAGGUGAAAGCUAUGGUCCCUUAUUGAUGUCACCUGUUAAAUCCACUUAAAUCAGUGUAGAUGAAGGGGAGGAGACAGGUUAAAGAAUGAUUUUUAAGCCUUGAGACAAUUGAGAUAUGGAUUGUGUAUGUGUGCCAUUCAGAGGGUGAAUGGGCAAGACAAAAGAUUGAAGUGCCUUUGAACAGGGUAUGGUAGUAGAUGCCAGGCGCACCAGUUUGAGUGUGUCAAGAACUGCAACACUGCUGGGUUUUUCACUCUUUCCCGUGUGUAUUAAGAAUGGUCCACCACCCAAAGGACAUCCAGCCAACUUGACACAACUGUGGGAAGCAUUGGAGUCAACAUGGGCCAGCAUCCCUGUGGAAUGCAGGUAGCUUAGUGGGUAAGAGCGUUGUGCCAGUAACCGAAAGGUCGCUGGUUCUAAUCCCCAAGCUGACUAGGUGAAAAAUCUGUCGAUGUGCCCUUAAGCAAGGCACUUAACCCUAAUUGCUCCUGUAAGUCGCUCUGGAUAAGAGCGUCUGCUAAAUGACUAAAAUGUAAUGUAAAUGAAUGCUUUCGACAUGCUGUAGUCCAUGCCCUGACGAAUUAAGGCUGUUCUGAGGGCAAAAGGGGGUGUCUCUUUCCCUCCCCCUUCUUUCCAUCUCUCUCCUCUCUCUCUCUCUCUCUCUCUCUCUCUGUCUCUGUCUCUCUCUCUCUCUGUCUCUCAGGUUCAGUUGCAGGAUUCUCAGAGGUCAGUACAUGGAAGGAUCAGGAGUAGAGAGAGGGAGCUGGAAGAGUUUCAACAGAGCAUAGAGGCCGUCAAGGUGGGGUUCACACACACACACACACACACACACACACGGACGCACGUGCGCACACACACACACAGAGAGAGAGAGACACAGACACACAAAGCAGAGUGAAUAGUAAUCAGAUUAAAUGGCUUUUAGUGCGGAGUUGGACUGCAGUACAGACAGUCGCCCCACCACAUAAAACCGCUGCUAUCUGGAAGUUUAGUUUAGUUUAUUAAUUCAACCAUUUAAAAAACAAGCACACAUAAAACUUGAAAAAGCCAUACAUGCACAUGAGUAAAAUCAUGGAGGAUAACACACAAUAAAGUCUGGGAUUUAUUUCCAUUGUGGUCAUCUUGAAACAAGAUGGCUAGGCAAGAUCCAACACGGUUGCACACAAAAGGGGAGAAAAGUUCUACAGAUGUAGGAUUUUAAUUUGAUCACCCUGUUGCAGGAGAACUUUCCUGCAAUGUAGGACAUUUAAAACAUGUAGUGUAUUUGAGGUUUAAAAAGGCUUAUGAAGUUUGUAAUUUCCACUCUGGUAUUUCAGACUUGAUUUUCCCUUACGAAAAAUGUAUCAACCCAAACAAAAAUGUCCAUUAAUUAUAAUCUACAUAAUUCAAAUUUCAUGUUGCUGCAGGAUUCUUUUCCUGCUGUAGCAAACUGUCAGUGGGUCAAAUUAAGAUCCUACAUCUUUAUUGUCUGGCCAUGUUGUUGCUCUCUGUCAAUAGCAAGCCAGGACACCGUUCAGCCCUCUCUAUUCCCCUGGCAUUGUUAAACAAAUAAAAGUACAUUUCAGACAUAUGGUUUGAAAUAAAAUACAAAUAACCAAUGAAACCAACAUUAUUUAAAUGUAUAUGUUUACUUUCUUGGUGCUUAUUACUGAAAACAUUGCCCCUUUAUUUUCUGUCAUUUUGAGUCCCUUCUCCCCUCUCCUUACCUAGGCAUCAGCUGCAUUAGUCCUGGAGGACAGCGAUACCCUGUUCGUGGACCUGGCCCUCUGUCUGGAGAGGACCAGGGGGGAGGUGAGGGCCAGGCUGGAGGCCCGGGAGAGAACUGUCCUGGGCAGGGCAGAGAGAGAGCUGGAGACCCUGGAGAAAGAACUGGAGGAGCUGCGGAGGAGAGACAAGAAAAUGGGACAGCUACUGACGGAGGAUAAUGCUCAGUUCUUACAGGUGGGGGGAGGAGAGAGAGGGGGAUGGGACAGCUACUGACGGAGGAUAAUGCUCAGUUCUUACAGGUGGGGGGAGGAGGAGAGGGGGAUGGGACAGCUACUGACGGAGGAUAAUGCUCAGUUCUUACAGGUGGGGGGAGGAGAGAGGGGGGGAUGGGACAGCUACUGACGGAGGAUAAUGCUCAGUUCUUACAGGUGGGGGGAGGAGAGAGGGGGAUGGGACAGCUACUGGGCGGAGGAUAAUGCUCAGUUCUUACAGGUGGGGGGAGGAAGAGAGGGGGAUGGGACAGCUACUGACGGAGGAUAAUGCUCAGUUCUUACAGGUGGCGGGGAGGGGAGAGAGGGGGAUGGGACAGCUACUGACGGAGGAUAAUGCUCAGUUCUUACAGGUGGGGGGGAGGAGAGAGGGGGAUGGGACAGCUACUGACGGAGGAUAAUGCUCAGUUCUUACAGGUGGGGGGAGGAGAGAGAGGGGGAUGGGACAGCUACUGACGGAGGAUAAUGCUCAGUUCUUACAGGUGGGGGGAGGAGAGAGGGGGAUGGGGACAGCUACUGACGGAGGAUAACGCUCAGUUCUACAGGUGGGGGGAGGAGAAGAGGGGAUGGGACAGCUACUGACGGAGGAUAAUGCUCAGUCUUUCAGGUGGGGGGGAGGAGAGGAGGGAUGGACAGCUACUGACGGAGGAUAAUGUCAGUCUUAAGGUGGGGGGAGGAGAGAGGAGGGAUGGGACAGCUACUGACGGAGGGAUAAUCUCAGUUCUUACAGGUGGGGGAGGAGAAGGGGGAUGGGCACAGCUACUGACGGAGGAUAAUGCUCAGUUCUUACAGGUGGGCAGGAGUAGAGGGGAUGGGACACUACUGACGGAGGAUACGAGCUCAGUUCUUACAGUGGGGGGAGGAGAGAGAGGGGGAUGGGACAGCUCUGACGGAGGAUAAUGCUCAGUUCUUACAGGUGGGGGAGGAGAGAGGGGAUGGGACAGCUCUGACGAGGAUAAGCUCAGUUCUACAGGUGGGGGAGGGGGAGUAGGGAUGGACAGCACUGACGGAGGAUAAUGCCAGCACAGGAGAAGAGAGGAGGAAAGUGAGGGAAGAGGAAACAGGAAAAGAAGAAAACAGUGACACUGAUGGAAAGGGAGGGUAAUUGAGAAAGAAAGAGCCAAGCUGAAAAAUGAAGGAGAGAGAAGUAUGAAAUGAGGAAGAGAUGGAGUAAAAGGAGGACGGUGAGACAAACAGCCUAAACCAUGAGAGAGAGGAAACCAACGGUGACAUGAUCAAAAUGUUCCACUCAUCACUCCCUCUCUCCUCCAUCCCUCCCUCCCUCUCUCCAUCCCCAGGCUGCUCCCCUGCUGUGUGUCCUCCCGCCCACUGGACGGCGCCCCCGAGCCCCUCUCAUCCUCCCCACAGAAGGCUUUAGUGCAGCCCGCAGAGCUCUGUCCCACCUCAGGGCCCGCAUGGAGGAACUCUGUAGAGAGGAAGUGGACAAGAUCAGCUGCGCGGGUAGGGGGAGUCAAGACACACACACACAGAGACACACACAAACACACACACAAACACACACACAAACACACACACAGGUUUAUACUCAAACACAAACAACUGCAUGCAGGUUUUCACAGCUAUGCUCUCAGAGACUCCAAUAAUGCACACUGUUUUCCUUCUCUGUAGUGAACGAGAGCUCCUCUGCCUGUCACAUGUCUGGUGGAGAGUGUUUGAAAGGUAAGCCCAGAGGAAUAGGACAAACACACGCACAGUCGCACACACACACACACACACACACACGCACAGCUCUCUCAGGGUCACGUCUGUGGUGUGUGUUUCUCAUCUAAGACUCAGGCUGUAGGGGGAACAUGUCUGGCCAGGGGUGAGAUAAUGACUUCAUUAAUUAGCUGGUAAUUAUUCACUUGACAGAGGACAGUGAGAUGUGUCCACUUCACUACAUGGGGUCAACAUAGUUUUCUUGUGAGUCAAUUUGAUGUUAGUUGAAUAGUUUUCAGUAACUUCUGAUAUGAUAAGUUCAUUUGGAAUGUAAAGGUGAUUCCUCUUUGACUCAUUCUCUACCUCCCUCCCCCUCUCACCUCUCUCUUUUUCUUCCCAUCUCUUUUCCUUCCUAUUUCUGUCCCUCACCUCCUUACUCCUUACCCCCUCUCCCUUCUCCUCUCUCUCUCUCUCUCUCUCUCUCUCUCUCUCUCUCUCUCUCUCUCUCUCUCUCUCUCUCUCUCUCUCUCUCUCUCUCUCUCUCUCUGUAGCAGUGCCUUCAUCGUUCCCUCUCUCCUCCCUCUCUCUCCAGCCUGCGGACCACAGGAUGAGAGCGUCCUUCCUCAGGUGUAAGUACUGACACACACACAUACACACACACACACACACAUACACACACAGCAGCCAUCCUGAGGUGUAAGUACUACACACGAUACACCUUGUCACCCUGACGAUGCCACCGGUAUACCUUGUCACCGUGGCGAUGCUGCCCUGGUCGCCGUGGUAACCAGAGACGACUUUGUUUUCACACCCUGCCCUGUCCUGUGACAACCACGCCAUCCCUUCACCACACACACACUGACACACACACACAGAAACACACACACACACACACACACACACACACACACACACACACACACACACACAGAAACACACACACUGACACACACAGAAACACACACACACACACACACACACACAGAAACACACACACUGACACACACAGAAACACACACAGAAACACACACACACAGAAACACACACACUGACACACACACACUGACACACACAGAAACACACACACACACACACACACAGGUGUUGACAUGCCGUUGGCGUAAACCCCGAGCUACUCAGAAAGGGGAUCUCUCUCUCUUUCUUUCUUUCUCUCUCUCUAUCUCCCAUGCCCUCCUUCCCUCCUCCUCCUCCUCUCCCCCUCCUCACCUUCACAGUUAAUGAGGGCGACAGGGAAACCUGAGAAUGCGCUUGUGUCCCAAAUGUCACCUUAUUCCCUAUAUAGUGCACUACUUUUGACUAGGGCCCUGGUCAAAAGUAUUGCACUAUAUAGGGGAUAGGGUGCCAUUUGGGAAGUACUCCAUGUCUGUCUGGGGCUUUCUUUACCUUCAUGAAUAGUAUGUGGAUAUGAUAUUUCUGACAUUUAGUUGUCUAUUGUUCACUUUGAACAACAGGUACAUGAUGAGACAAGCCCAUGCACAGGGUGAGAUCAUGGAGACGGGUGUUAGGUUUAAUAAUUCACACCGUCUGGGUUAGAUUAAAGGCCGCUACACACUUUACGCAGCGUCGUUUUCUACGUAGUUCUACGGGCUUUUGUGCGGCUCAAAUUUUGGAACGGACCGUAUAUGGCACUCCGUCGCACUGUUUGCGUAGGGUGUGUAGGGCCCUUCAGACUGUAACUGUAUAUCUGUCUGGGCUAGAUGUCAAUCAGAACACUGUCCCUCUGUCCAGGCAACCAGGCUAUUUCGUAAUAGUGCAUUGUUAAUUUAUUGUACUUAAUUAUAAUAGUUCUAUUAGAUUAAGACUGCCAUAUUUCCAGACAGACAUUCAUAUGGACAAUGUUCUUCUUACUGCGUGGAAAACUGUUGUGUAUUUAGUUCAAUAAUCUCUGUUAGAAAUGGACCCAGUGGUCAUGAUAAUGCUAUUGAGUGUUUAUGAGACUUCUAAGCUAACAGGUAAAUAAUUGUCAUGGAUUGUUCAAUCAAGUACUACUGCCCUGAGGCAUCUAAUUGAUUGAUUCAUUGAUUCAUUGAUCUCCUCAAUCUCCUGUUCCUGGACCCAGACACGGCCCACCCCACCCUGGUCCUUCUGGAGGGUCCCGAUGGAUCUCUCGCUCGCUUACCUUUAACCCCUUCAUCUCUCUCUCCCCCCAGGCUCCUGUCGUUUGUCCCUGGAUCCAGACACGGCCCACCCCACCUUGUUCCUCUUGGAGGGUCCCCAGGGGGCUCACUGUGGAGAGGAGCCCCAGUCCUACCCCCUCCACCCCCUGCGCUUCGACUCUGUGGCCCAGAUCCUCUGUAGGGAGGGCCAGUUUGGAGGGGCGAGCUACUGGGAGGUGGAGUGGAGGGGAGGAGGGUGGGUGGACAUCGGGGUGACGUACAAAGGGAUUGGACGUAAAGGUAGCUGCUUCUAGUGAUUAUUUUUUAUGUCAGUUACAAAAUGGUUUGUAAUAACGUCUUUCUAAUCAAGGCUUUGUCUGAAAUGGCAUCCUAUUUGGCUCCGGCCAAAAUGUGUGCACUAUAUAGGGAUAGGGUGCCACUUUGCAUACAGCCAAAGGUUUUCUUAUCAAGUUCACCUAGUAAAGUUUUCUAUUAACAUUUUUCUAAUCUAAAGGGGGCGGAAAACCCUGCCUGCUGGGACGGAACGAGAACUCAUGGCGUCUGAGAUGCACGCACGCCGGGUACGCCGCGUGGCACGAUAACCGGAAGACGACCUUAGCUGCACCCCUGUGCCCGCGGAUCGGCGUGUUUUUGGAACACCAGAAGGGAGCGUUGUCAUUCUAUAGUGUGGCAUCGGACGCCGUUUCCCUGCUCCACACGUUCAGGUGUUUGUUCUCUCAGCCGUUGUACCCAGCGUUUCGGUUAGACCUGGACUCCACACUGUUGAUAUGUCCACAUGAGAGACACAACGAGAACGGGAACUAA